AUGGAUGAGAGAGCUCGUCGCUCGACUGCAAUGAUUUUACAAAACUGCACCAAUCUCAGUAGGCCAUAUGACUUCUCGAGGAACAUUACAAUCUUGGAUAGGAUUGGCUGGGAAAUCGACCUGCCACUGAGAGAUGUUGUCAUUAGUGGCAACGCUUCCUCCAGCGAGGCCACCGGACAUGACAGGGAAACCUUCUUAGUCGACCAGACCAUAUCGUGGGGUUCUCUGACCGCGAUUUUGGAUGUCGAGCACUGGUAUGACGAACUGCCUGUUGAUGAUGAGCUGAUUGAAAUCAAUGUGCGAGGAAGAAGACUUUUCUGCCUUCUUGGAGUCAUUCAGGAGUUUUACGAGACGGACAAUCGUAUAGAAGGCAUGAGGCAUACAGUGUUCGAAGGGCUUCAACUCCAGGACGACGGUCGGUGGCAUCUGUGCCUUGGUAGCUAG